AUUUAAAUGGGUUAAUAUGUUUUCACGCAUACUUCUUUGGGGGGAUGUAGUGCUCGUAUCUGGCAACUCUAACCCGGACCGUUGCGGGGAUGAGCAGCGGCUAAUGGCUGACUGGGAGUUCGGGAUUAGCAACGUCCGCCACUGCAGGUUCUGAUGUGGGCAUUUGUAUUGGUGAACUGCUCCUGAAGCUGCACUUGGAAGACAGAGCAUACAAAGUGCCAAGCCGUGUUGGUUGGCAGCCGCUCUGCAACAUGUCCAAGAGCAAGAGCUCCGAGUCGGUCAAGGUGGUGGUCCGUUGUCGCCCUAUGAAUGAAAAGGAGCGGGCAGCCAAGUUUGAAAGAGUGGUCUCUGUCGAUGUCAAAUUGGGCCAAAUUAUUGUCAGGAACCCCAGGGAGGCUUCAGCCAAUGAACUCCCCAAAGUCUUCACUUUUGAUUCGGUCUACGACUCAAACUCCAAACAAAUAGAUCUGUAUGAUGAAACCUUCAGGCCUCUGGUUGAUUCAGUUCUUCUCGGGUUCAAUGGGACCAUUUUUGCCUAUGGGCAGACGGGUACAGGGAAAACAUACACUAUGGAGGGGGUGAGAAAUGAUCCAGAAAGGAGAGGGGUUAUCCCUAACUCCUUUGAGCACAUCUUCACUCACAUUUCACGGUCCCAGAAUCAGCAGUACCUGGUGAGAGCAUCAUAUCUAGAGAUUUACCAAGAGGAGAUCAGAGACUUGCUCUCCAAGGACCAGUCACGUCGUCUCGAACUUAGAGAGAGGCCCGACACAGGUGUGUAUGUUAAAGACCUUUCGUCAUUCGUCACCAAGAGUGUGCGGGAGAUCGAACAUGUCAUGAAUGUGGGCAACCAGAAUCGUUCAGUGGGUGCCACUAACAUGAAUGAACACAGCUCCCGUUCUCAUGCCAUCUUUGUCAUCACCGUUGAGUGCAGUGAGUUGGGUGUGGACGGGGAGAACCAUAUCAGAGUUGGCAAACUGAACCUGGUAGAUUUAGCGGGUAGUGAAAGGCAGACCAAGACUGGCGCUCAGGGGGAGAGGCUUAAAGAAGCCACAAAGAUCAAUCUGUCACUUUCUGCCCUGGGGAAUGUCAUAUCAGCUCUGGUGGAUGGCAGGAGCAGCCACAUCCCCUACCGAGAUUCAAAACUCACCCGUCUGCUGCAGGACUCCCUGGGGGGCAAUGCCCGCACUGUCAUGGUUGCCAACAUCGGCCCGGCAUCCUACAAUUUGGAGGAGACCUUGACGACGCUGCGCUACUCCAACAGGGCUAAGAACAUCAAGAAUAAACCGCGUAUCAAUGAGGACCCCAAGGAUGCCCUGCUCAGGGAGUUUCAGGAGGAGAUUGCAAGGCUGAAGGCACAGCUGCAAAAGCGCUCAGGAAAGAAGAAAAAGAAGAGGCAGAGGAGGAGGGCCGGGGAAGGGAGCGAUGGUGAGGAUCUGGAAGAAGGAGAGACAGAGGACGACGAUGAAGAUGUGGAAGACAAAGGGGAUUACUGGCGGGAGCAGCAGGAGAAGCUAGAGAGAGAGAGAAAGGCUAUCAUGGAGGAUCACAGUCUGGUGGCUGAGGAGAAAGUUCGGCUGCUCAAAGAGAAAGAGAAGAAAAUGGAAGAUUUGAAGAGGGAGAGGGAGGCCGGAGAGAUGCUCUCAGCCAAAGUGAAGGCAAUGGAGAGUAAGCUCCUAGUAGGGGGGAAGAACAUUGUGGAUCACACCAAUGAGCAACAGAAAAUGCUGGAGCUGAAGAGGCAGGAAAUCGCUGAACAGAAACGACGAGAGCGAGAGAUGCAGCAGCAGGUGGAGAGUCGUGACGAGGAGACUCUGGAGCUGAAGGAGACCUACAGCUCUCUCCAGCAGGAAGUUGACAUCAAAACCAAGAAGCUGAAAAAGCUGUUUGCCAAGCUGCAGGCAGUGAAGGCAGAAAUUCAUGACAUCCAGGAGGCACACAUCGAGGAGCGCCAGGAGCUGGAACAGACCCAGAAUGAGCUCACCAGGGACCUCAAACUCAAGCAUCUAAUCAUCGAGAACUUCAUUCCCUUAGAGGAGAAGAACAAAAUAGUCAACAGGGCUUACUUUGAUGAGGAAGAUGAAUACUGGAAAACGAAGCCCAUCACACGUAUAGAGGAUGACCAUCAGAUGAUGACCAGGCCUUUGUCUGCGGUCGGCUACAGGAGGCCUCUCAGUCACCAUGCUCGGAUGGCCAUGAUGAUGAGGCCUGACAUGAGAUACAAAGCUGAAAACAUCAUGAUGCUGGACAUGGACCUGCCGGCUCGGACCACUAAAGAGUAUCAGGAGCCGGUUAUUGCCCCAAAGGUGGCGGCAGCUCUGGAGGACGCUCUUAGGGAUGAGGAUGAGAUCCAGGUAGAUGCCUCAGGCUUUCACAGCAGCUUGGGACCAACCCCGCCCGCCAGCGCCACUGGCAGCCUCAAGAAACCAAAGUCUAGUCGACCAAGAACAGGCAAGAAGUCGAGCACCCCGACCUCUCCAUUCGGCCCCUCCAGUCCAGGAUCCCCGCUUUACCCACAAUCCCGCGGCCUGGUGCCCAAGUGACAGCUUCUACUACAAAUAUCACCACCAACCUCUCUUGUGCACCUUGCCACUUUGGGACUCAACUUUGAGAGAAUGGGUUUUGUUUUGUCUGAGUCGUUUUUUGUCAAGAUGACGGAAUCUUCAUUCUGCAAACGACAGAGAAAACUUUAGGACUAAUGCUGCUUUGUAGGUUUUAACUGUAACCACACCACUAUGAACUGUUGUCAUGAGCUUGUCAUCUUGGAGAUUUGAAAGCCCUCAUCCUGAGAGUGAGUCAGUGCAACACCAGGACAGCAACCACGCAUGAAGCCUCACAUCACUCUACACUGCUGUUAACCUUUCACUACAUUUGGCUAAAUGCCACUGAUGUCUUAUAUAUAUAUAUAUAUAUAUAUGUAUGUCACAAUGAUCUUAAUGUACAGAAAAAAAUGAAGGUGGGUUUAGAACACACACACACCCCCAUGCAUUUCUUCUUCCUAUCUUGCCAGAUCUGUGUUGUGUGUUGUAGUCCCCUCUCUUACUGUAAGUGUGGACAUUGACGUAAAGACACAUGGACUUGGCAGCUCUGCGGCACAUGUCACUAACAGGCUGUGCGUGUGUGUGUAAGUGUUUGUCAGUGUGUUGUUGUACGUCUGGCCGCAUAUCUGUGUGUGUGUGUGUGUCUUUACGUCGCUGUCAGAAUAUUGAACUUUCCGGUUUAUGUCAAACCGCGCUGGGUUUUUAUUUGUUUUGGGGGGGUGUCGUAAGUCUUUUGUGUGUGUGUGUUGUUUUAUGUCUUAAAGAAAUACUUCAACAUUUUGGGAAAUAAGCUUAUUUGCUUUGUUGCAGAGAGUUAGAUGAGAAAAUCACAACUACUUAUUUGCUAAAUAUGAGGCUAGAGGCAAUUGGCUUAUUUUAACAGUCUCCUCUGGUUGCCUGGCAACCUCAUGUUGACGACAAGACUACAGGAAGUCAAUGCGGCCAGCCAAGAAAUUGUUCCAGCAUGCAACUCCCCAUUUCUACUUUUCUAUUUGUGUUCUGAUUAAACAAAAGAGAUACAAUUUGUUAAUUAUGAAUUGAUAGGUGGAUGGACAGAGCCGGGCUAACUGCUAGCCCCUGCUUCCAGUCUUUAUGCUAAGCUAAGCAAAUCACCUGCCGGCUCUGGCUUCACGUUUAGCUUACAGACAUUAGAGUAACAAAUACGUGUAUCUCCUAAAAUGUGGAACUAUUCCUGUAACUCUGUAUGAUUGUAAAUGCACAGGCCAGAAAGUAAAGCACACUACAGACUUGGCCUCUGUCACAAGUUGCUGUAAUCAGUAGAUGCUGUUCUUCCUGGGGAAUAUGAGAUGGAGGUGGGGAACGAUGAGAGAAAGCUCAACACAUUUACACAAACACCCACUAUGGACACCUUCUAGGUUGCAUGACAUUGCAGUUGGCCACCAGACAUCCUAAUGCUAACCAAACCCUGGGUCAUUUCAAAGUUACUGUCCUGGAAUGUGCCUCAGAUUCAUCAGGGUUCCACGGUGCCUUAACCGGUGUCCUUAAUCUCUGCUCCUUCAUUUGAAGUGUGCACACACAUUCUUCUUGGCCAGCGAUUUUUCAUCGCUUCGUCUACUCAUUCAUUCCAGCAACAGGGAGUUGUUGUUAGCAUGGUCCUGUCAGAAUGGGGUGCACUCGUUAUAUGGAGAGGCAGAGCAUUUGGACACAGCAUUCAACCACCCCCAGGUUUCUGGGUAAGGGCCACAGGAAGGCAAGGCACGCAGAGGGUGAUGUAUUCCCCUUCUGUUUUUUUUUACCUCAUCUACCUUUGUAUGGGUCUGAGUGGUCCUUGGAAGGAACUGAUUGGUCUAACAGAACACUAAAACCCCAGGGGAGUGCUGAGCUCUUCACAGUACUGUGGCGGUGCCACAAAACUCAGUCGAAACACUAUGGACUUGAAUGGAUCUGAAUCCACAAACCAUUCCAUUUGUAUGCAUACAGAUGAAUAAUAUGCAGUUUAAACCUCCAUGGUUCAGCCCGCCUCUCUGCUGCUCUCUGUUCCCCAUACUCCUAACUGUGAGGGGUGUGCUGUGCUGUGCGCUCGCUGCUACUGUGUAGGGUUUUACAACCCACUGUGACAUUUCAGCAGGCCUGGGUCAAAUGGCAAAUGAAACCCUCUCAAGUACUUCAUGUGUACUUGUCAUGUGUGCAGUUGAUUGUAUCUGUUUAAGAGCCAUCAAGCCAUCUCAGCUGUUAAAAGGUAAAAGGAUCUCUCUUGCUGUUUGACCUAUGCCUGCAUACCUUAUGUAUUUAGAUAUGUAACAAUGAUUAUAGACUUCUUGAUAGGCGAUCCUCAGUCACUUUUGCAGAUAUAUAAAAAAGAAAACUACAAUUGAAAAAAUCUAACUUAUUAUAAUCUUUCAUUUUUAUAUACAGAUGUAGAUAUAAUUUUUUAUUCAGUUUUUUCUUUAAAAUAGAUUAUUGUUUUAUUUUUUGAGCUUUGUAAUUUAAUGUUGAAAUUUAAUUUUUUGCAUCAUACAUGCUCUAUGUGUCUUCUUUUGUAUUCAGCAAGGUACAGGCUUUUUUUGUGUGUGUGUAUACACUUAAACAUGCUUUAGUCGAAAUGUUCUCCACACGGAAGAUGAAAGGGGGUCAACUGUUGCAUAUCUUUGGGGAAGUGUGGAGACUGAAAUGGGAUAUUGAUUCACGUCACAGUUGAGUAUUUACACGUUCACUGUACAUUUAACCUCAUAAACACAAACAGAAUCGUUAGAUUAAGGCCUGAUUGUUGUAACUAACAUUGCAAUGCUAUAUACCUGCCGCAUGAUAUUAGCAAGCUGGAGUAAUACAUUUGGUUGUGUGAGUAUUUAUCAUUCAUAGGAAUUUGGUGAACAAAAUGUGAAUGUCUUAAUUUAAUUCAAUACCUUUGCAUCUGUAUCCCAUAGCUACAUCACUGGAUCCAAAUUCCAUAUCUAAGACUUUUAUGACCAAUUUGUAUGUGCUGGUAUUGUUUUUAUAGCCAAAUGACGAUUAUGCUGGUGCACUUCUGUCUGUGGCUGGCUGUCUUUUUCCUGUUUAGUUUCUUUUGAUUAUUAAAGACAAUUCAAUGAUAA